AUGUUGUUCAAAAAUACUUUGGCAACCCUAACUCUUCUACUCGCAAUCUGCCUUACAUUCUUGCACGCAUAUCCCAUAGCUCUUGAAGUCGGUGACAAAGCCUCUGUCACAUUGUCAAAACUCGACGGCAAAAUUACAUUCACUCAAAUUGACCCAACAAAUCUCGAAGUUGAUGGAAAAUUCAAUCAAGGCAUCACAGACGAAAAUACUGAUAACUAUUCUGUUUGCAUUGAGGACUCUUGUGAAACCUUUACUGAACUUGGUGUAGUUAUCCAUGUCCCUGGCACUGAACCUUUUAAAGCCACUGGUCCUGGACUUAUUGAAAUUAUCGUUGGUAAAACGCUCUCGGUACAAUAUAAGGGAAAGCCCAUCGAUUCUGGAAUCAUUGCUAAGAUUUAA